GUCAGAAACGCAUGCUUUUAUUAGUUGUCAAAAGUAAUCUCAAGUGACAAGAGAACUCACGUUGAUAAUUUUGUAUUUUCAUUAUAUUAAAAAGUUUUAAUUUAUUUAUAAUACUAAAAACAAAUAUAAAAUAAUGGCGAAAAAAGGCAAAGCGAAGAUUAGUAAAGUUAAAAGAAACAAUCAAACUACAAAUAAAAUGAAAAAGCAGGGUAAACUAAAGCUGCAGAGACACAAAACAAAGGUACAGAAACAGAGGCAACCGACACAAAAUCAGCUGGAGUAUAGCAGUGAAAGUGAAUCAUCAAGCAAUGAAUGGGCCGAUAUGUUGGACGAGGAUGAACAGCAGUACAUAACUUCUAGACUAGCGAAGCAGCCCCAACUCUUAUCUAAUAUACCUGAUAAAGAGCAGGAGAAUAAACGCGGAUCCAAACGUAAAAGAGGUAAAGAGAAGUUACCAAAACCAGCCAAACCUACCAGAAGCGCAAACAGUGACAGCGGGGCUGAGAGUGACACAGACGACACGGACAUGGAAGAGAAAUAUGAGAAGGAACAGGCUGAACGACCAACCAAAAAAAUUAGAUCUCUCUUACCUAUAAAAACUAAAUCGGGAAUCGAGGAAAGGAUGGAAGAAUGUGAAGAAUCUGAAACAGAGCAAGAAAAUGAACAGCAAGAAGAAGAAAAAUCAGAUGAAGAGGAAGCAGAUUCUGAAUCGGAUUCUGGCAUGGAAGUCACAACUGAGGAAGAACAGGCAGGGGACAAAGAUGUGAUCACCACAGUUGAAUUAAUGGCCCAAAGACGUGAUAGGUUGAAUCAUGAGAAGCUCAGAAUAGGAGCUCUUUGCUCAUCUCUAUUGGAGAGUCCAGAAAAAAAGUUGAAAAACCUGUUCCCAAUUCUAUAUCUGAUGGACGAACGACUGAAAGACGGUGCGCAGAACCUGAUCUCAGUGCGUAAGCUGGCCACUAUCUCCGCUGCUGAAGUAUUCUGCGACAUCCUGCCCGACUACAAGAUACGUCACCAAGAUUAUUCCGAUGUUAAAUUAAAGAAGGACACACUCACACUGUAUAAAUACGAAAAGGAACUGUUGGAAUUCUACAAGAGAUAUCUGCAGAGAUUGGAGAAAGCAGCGAACGUGUUCAGGCGCAAGAAAGGUGAUAACCGGGCGGCGGAGGGCGCGGCGGCGUCGCUGGCGCUGGUGAGCGUGCGCUGCAUGUGCAGCGUGCUGGCGGCGCGGCCCGACUUCAACUACGCGGCCAACAUCGCGCAGAGCCUGGUGCCGCUGCUGGCCGCCGCCGACGCCCGCGUGCGCGCGCUGGUGGGCGCGUGCGCCGUCGCCGUGUUCGCCGCCGACCGGCGCGGGGAGAUCACGCUCACCAUCGUUCGUCUCAUCAACCAGCUGGUGAAGCGUCGCGGCGAUCGCAUCCAUCCCUCCGCCCUGGAAUGCCUCCUCUCGCUGAAGAUCAAGGACGUGGACCUGGACAAGGAAGCCGAUCUGCAGAACAAGAAGCGACAGGAGGAGAAACACAAGAAACGAAUCAUCAACUUAUCUAAAAAAGAGAAAAAGCGCGCGAAGAAGCUGAAGGAGGUGGAGCGCGAGCUGCUGGAGACGCGCGCGCAGGAGAGCGCCGCCGCGCGCCGGGCGCUGCUCGCCGACGUGACGCGCACGCUGUUCCACAUCUACUUCCGCCUGCUCAAGGCCGCGCCGCGGGCCGGCCUGCUGGCCGCCGCGCUCACCGGCCUCGCGCGGUUCACGCACGUGAUCAACCUGGAGUACUACUCGGACCUGGUGGCCAUCCUGUCCCGCUUGCUGCGCGACGAGCACGUGGGCGCGCACGAGAAACUGCUCUGCGUCAACACCGUGCUGAGCAUCCUGUCGGGCGCCGGAGAUGCGCUCAACGUGGACCCCGCGCAAUUCCACGCGCACCUCUACCACAGCCUGCUCUCGGUGCACGCCGGCGGCACGAGCGGCAGCGCCCGCUGCGCGUUGCAGGCGCUGGGCGCGCUGGUGGCGCGCGCGCGCAGCGUGCCCGCGGCCGUGCUGCAGGCGCUCGCCAAGCGCCUGCUCAGCGCCGCGCUGCAGCUGCCGCACCACGCCGCGCUGGCCGCGCUCGCGCUGCUGCACGCGCUGCUGCAGCAAAACAAGUCGCUCGGCUCGCUGUUCGAGACGGAGGAGGUGGUGGGGUCGGGGCGCUACGACCCGCUGCUGCCGUCGCCGGAGCACAGCGGCGCGCACUGCGCGGCGGCGCACGACGCCUGCGCCCUGCGCGCGCACUACCACCCGCACGUGCGCCACCUCGCCACCGCGCUGCUCACGCGCCGCUCGCACGACCUCGCCUCGCUAACGACCAUGCAAAUACUGGAUCAAUACGACUCGUCGCAGAUGGCAUUCAAGCCCCCCAUUCCGGCGCCCAAACCCAUCGAUCCCACCGCCAAGAUCAAGUCGGGCCAAGGUUGGGCGCAGAGCGACUUCAAGACUUACUGCACUGAUAUUGAAAAUAGUGUUCAAAUGAGCUUUAGUGAAAAUAUUGUGAGAUGAUUCCUACAGUAAAUAUAGAUAAAAAAUAGUUUGUUAAU